AAGAAAAACUAUUUGGCGGGGAGGUUAGCUGCGUUUCAAACACAACAACACACAACUCCUCUCAGCAGCAGCUGUCGGUGUGUCUGUGGGGUUCUUCUACCGAAAAAUUCCAGAAUUGUGUUUGUUAAUCGUGGACAAGCUAACACACAGGAUGGAUAACUCUCAACACAACGGCGAAGUUGAGGAGAUUUCCAAGAAACUAGAAAAGUCCUUGUCCAUGGAUACAGAAGACAAGAUGGAAACCUACCAAAGAUUCAUUAAAGAGGGAAAAGAUGUUGCCAGACAAGGCGACAUGAACCAAGCGCUGAAGUUUUUCAAACUGGCGUACAAAAUUCACCAGAGUCAAAAACUUGAAAGCCGGAUAAAGCAAAUGGAAGAACUUCUUGCUCAGAGUGACUCAGAGGAAGAAGAUGAAGAGUUUGUGAAUGUUAACGGCAGCGGCUUAAUGCUUUUCAAAGAGUUGUAUGACAAGCUUUAUGACUACCAAAGAAAUGGAGUCGCCUUCUUGUACAGUCUCUGCAGAGAUGGACGUAAAGGUGGGAUCUUGGCAGAUGACAUGGGCCUUGGUAAAACCAUCCAGGUGAUAUCAUUCCUCUCAAGCAUGUAUGACAACGAGCUGGCCAAGCACACAUUGCUGGUCAUGCCAACUUCUCUCAUCACAAACUGGACCAAGGAGUUUGCCAAAUGGACUCCUGGCAUGAGGGUGAAGGAGUUUCACGGACCGAGCAAGGAGAGGACCAGGAAUUUGGAGAAAAUUCAGAGGAGAAGUGGUGUUAUCAUCACCACGUACUCCAUGCUUAUGAAUAACUGGCAGCAAUUGUCAUCUUACAAUGGCAAAGAGUUCACAUGGGACUACAUGAUCCUAGAUGAGGCACAUAAGAUAAAAUCCUCAACUACCAAAACAGCCAAAAGUGCCCACGCCAUACAUUCAAAAAACAGAGUUCUCCUAACUGGCACUCCAGUCCAAAACAACCUGAAGGAAUUGUGGGCUCUCUUUGACUUUGCUUGCCAAGGGACUCUCUUAGGCACAGCUAAAACAUUCAAAACGGAGUAUGAGAACCCAAUCACCCGGGCCAGAGAAAAGGACACCACUCCAGGGGAAAAGGCCCUCGGGUCUCGAAUGUCUGAGAACCUCAUGGCCAUAAUCAAACCCUACUUCCUCCGCAGGACAAAAGCAGAAUUGCAGAAAAACAAUAAGAAAGGCCAACUUCCCUGUAAAGAGGAAUAUUCAGAGACCAAGGACGGCAAGGUCCAAAAUACUCCAAAAGACUCCGGCGCAGUCAUGCCAACACUGACUAGAAAGAACGACUUAAUUGUCUGGACUUACCUUAGUCCUGUUCAGGAAGAUAUUUACAGGCAGUUCCUUUCACUGGACCACAUCAAGGAGCUGCUCAUGACAACCAGAUCACCUCUAGCUGAACUGAACAUAAUGAAGAAGUUGUGCGACCAUCCAAGACUGCUCUCUGCUGCAGCCAUAGCCAAGUUGGGCUUAGAAGAAAAUACAGCUCAAGGUCAGCAGAAUGAUAACAUGGAGACAGGCACAUGCACCAUCGCCAACAUUCCAGACGAGACCUUAAUAUCUGAGUCAGGGAAGCUCGUCUUUCUGUUUGCACUUCUCCAAAGGCUCAGAGAAGAAGGUCACCGCACACUUGUCUUUGCUCAUUACAGGAAAGUGCUCGACAUCAUCGAGCGCAUCCUGGUCAACAGAGGCUUUAAAGUAUUGAGAUUGGAUGGCACAAUAAUUCAGCUUGCAGAGAGAGAGAGACUAAUCACUAAGUUCCAGACAGACAAAAGCUACUCUGUCUUCCUCCUGACCACCCAGGUUGGAGGGGUUGGUAUCACUUUGACGGCAGCAAACCGAGUCGUGAUCUACGAUCCUAGCUGGAACCCAGCAACAGACGCCCAGGCUGUUGACAGGGCUCAUCGCAUUGGGCAGAACAAAAAUGUUGUCGUCUACAGACUGAUCACCUGCGGCACAGUAGAGGAGAAGAUCUACAGAAGGCAGGUCUUCAAAGACUCUCUCAUUAGACAAAAUACCGGGGACAAGAAAAACCCUUUUAGGUACUUCAGCAAGCAGGAGUUGAAAGAGCUCUUCCUCCUGGAGGACACAAGGUCCUCAUCGACUCAGCUGCAACUUCAAUCCCUGCACUCCGGAAACCGAAGGACAGACGCUGAACUGGACGAACACAUUGCCCAUCUCCACACCAUGGAGAUAUUUGGGAUCUCUGACCAUGACCUCAUGUUUUCCCUCGAUGUCAACCACGAUGAUGACCCUGAAGACCAAGAGGCCCAUCACUACAUUGAAGGGAGAGUGCAGAAGGCCCAGGAGCUGAUGAAGGCUGAGUCAGAGUUAACAAUGCAGAUGGCAGACAUAAUGGCAUCAAACACAGAACCAGCCUGGCUCAGACAACCAGCGGACAACCACAUCAGAGAGCGGACUCAUGAGAAAAAACCAAGAAAUCCAAAACCAAGUCCUUCCUAUCCACAGCAUGAUAGUAAGUCUAACGGGUCACCAGUCGUGAUAGAGUUGGACCAGUCUGGCUCUGAUGAGGAGGACGGCCAACAGAAUCUGAGUGGCCAUGUUGUUGAUCUUACUUCAGAUGAGGAUAUGUCAGAGGAACAUCCUGUCGUAGAAGUAAGCCAGGACAAGCUUGUUGAGCAGAACCUUUAUUCUCUAAAACACGUAUCUGUUAAUCAGGAGAGGAGUUACUUGGUAGCCGAUGAAUCCUCCCCUCCGGAGGUGAUUGAAGAGUCUCUGGUGGUCUCGGAUACCAGUGAUGCUGAAUUGGGUGACAUGGAAGAUGCCUCCAAUCCAAAACUAAGAGACGAGGUUUCUCUGUGUGGGGCUGCUAAUGAUUCAGCAGGUGACGGCAGCAUGGCCUAUUUUACAGCAGUUGAUGAAGACAAACAACUUUCAAACGAAACCUCACACUCAAACGAUUCCAAGACAGACUUGGGCCUCUCACAUUUAACAGCCCUGCAGAAUAAAAGACUUUCUGUCUUGCAAGCUUCCACUUCAAGCUUCAAAGCAGACACAUCAACCAACGUCAGCACAGGGCUUGAUUCCUUUGGAGGCAACUUCAAUUUACAGCUUGAAGAUAGCGACAUGCUUUCAGACCACGUUGAACUGGAUAAUCUGGAAACUGAAGAAGAGGAGAGGAAGCUGCUGUCACAGCUGCAGAUGGAGGGGAGCUUUAACAUAAAUAAAUCUCUUUCUGAGAAACAACAUAAAGCAGUCAACCAAAGCUUCAACGGCAACAGCUCUGUAAUGGACAAUUCAAUGGAUAACUCCAUUGUGACUAAGAAGAAAAAAAGAGCAGCAGUAAUUGAUGACAGUGAUCAAGAUGAUGUUGAUGACAAGAGUCACCUGGACAAUUCCUUUCAGGUUCUUGGCGCCUCCACACCUAAAUUGGUGUCAUCUGUCCGCACUCCUUUUCGGUCAAGAAAGAGUGUCGGAGGCAACACCUCCGUGGCCUCACACCGAUCCCUCAUUCUAUCCAUCGUCGAAGAUAUGGAGAAAAUCAAAGACAACCAAGAAAUUACCAGUGAGGAGGAAGAAGAUGAUGUUUCAGAAAGGCAUUAUGACGCAGCAGAAGAGGACCUCACUGGUUCGACUCAUGAUGCGCUUCAGGUGGAGGAGACCCUUGACACAGAGAGUGAGGAGGAUGUGGAAGAAGAGGAGGCAGAUGUACAAGGAGAGGAGGAGGAUGAUGAGGAGUACUCAGAGUCAGUAGAUGACGUUGAGGAGUCCGAACAGGAAAUGACCAGCAACAUGGAGGAGUCGACCAGCGAGCCCGAGCUAGCCUCAGACGAACAAAUGGAUCAGUGCACGGCUGAUGGAGUCAAAUUGAGCAGUAACGGCAUCCUGUCCGAGGAGGAGAGCUUCGAAGCCCUGGUCAGGAGAGGGAAGGAGUACCAGAGCAAAGGCAAGCCUGAUGACGCAUUGAGCUGCUUCCUCAGAGCUAUCGACAUCCAACCUGGAGAUCCUGAAGUUCAGCUCAUGACCAUCCAACUGUACCGGCAGAUGAGCCAGAGAAGUUAACAAAACAAUCCUGAUACUUAAAAAAAAAACCUGAACCUUAAAUUAUACUGUUGGAAUAGACAGUUGGGACAAUUUGCACAACAAAACCAACAAUGUGUUUGUAGUUGCCUUGUGUGAAGUCUUUAAAAAUAAAGAGAAAUUCAAGUACAAAUUA